AUUCCACCCCAACUCCCCAAAACCCUGCCCCUCCUAAACCCUCGCCUCGUCGUCGUUGUGGUCUCCGCUUGCCGCUCCGCACCGGCCGCCUGCCCGCUCGCGCGCGUUCCGCAACGAUCUCCCUCGCGUUGUGGUGGAAGCGGAAGAUGCUCGGGGCCUCGAGGCGAUCCCUCUGCGCCGCCGCCCGCCGCCGCUCGGCCGCCGGCGCCGUCUCCGCGGUCCCCGGCGACGCAGCCUCGGCCCCGUCCCGUCCGGUGAGCAAUGGGGUGCAAAGAGCUCCUCAGCACCAGAGGAGAUUACUAUCUGUGCUUGUGGCGCCCAAGGUUACGGGGACCAGCAGUGUGGCAUCCCUCAAGCUGAUGGAUGGUGCCCUUGUUGGGAGGCGGUACGAAUCGAGCGCGGCUGCAGUUGACUCGUCUGGCAUGCCGUCAGCUGAGAAGUAUGAGUACCAGGCUGAGGUCAACAGACUCAUGGAUUUGAUCGUGCACAGCUUAUAUAGCAACAAGGAAGUUUUUCUUCGAGAAUUGGUCAGCAAUGCUAGUGAUGCACUGGACAAGUUGCGUUAUACGAGUGUCACUGAUCCUGGACUUCUGAAGGAUGGUCCUGAACUUGACAUUCGCAUCCAAACAGACAAGGAUAACGGAAUAAUAACAAUCACUGAUACUGGGAUUGGCAUGACAAGGCAAGAACUCGUUGAUUCUCUUGGGACUAUUGCAAGCAGUGGAACUGCUAAGUUCCUGAAAGCAUUGAAGGAGAGUCAAGAGGCUGGCAUGGACAGCAACUUGAUUGGCCAAUUUGGUGUUGGUUUCUAUUCUUCAUUUCUUGUUUCAGAUAAGGUUGUAGUGUCAACAAAGAGCCCAAAAUCUGACAAGCAAUACGUUUGGGAAGGAGAAGCAGAAUCUAGUUCUUACACAAUCAGAGAGGAAAAGGACCCAGAGAAGCUCAUUCCCAGGGGAACUCGCCUCACUCUUUACCUCAAGCGUGACGACAAGGGUUUUGCUCACCCUGAGAGGGUCCAAAAGCUCGUGAAGAAUUACUCUCAGUUUGUUUCCUUCCCCAUUUACACAUGGCAAGAAAAAGGCUUCACAAAAGAGGUUGAGGUUGAUGAUGAUCCAGCAGAAGCUAAAAAAGAAGGCGAUGGUGAAACGAAAGCUGAGGCUAAGAAAAAGACAAAAACUGUUGUGGAGAAGUAUUGGGAUUGGGAGCUUACAAAUGAAACCCAACCUAUCUGGCUUCGGAACCCUAAAGAGGUUUCAACUGAUGAGUACAAUGAAUUUUACAAGAAGACCUUCAAUGAGUAUUUGGAUCCCUUGGCCUCCUCGCACUUCACUACAGAGGGUGAGGUAGAAUUCAGAUCAAUUCUUUUUGUUCCUGCUACGAAGAAGGAAGACAUAACUGAUAGGAAGACCAAGAAUAUCAGGCUUUAUGUUAAGCGUGUGUUCAUAUCAGAUGACUUUGAUGGAGAACUGUUCCCAAGAUAUUUGAGCUUUGUGAAGGGUGUUGUUGACUCAAACGACCUUCCAUUGAACGUUUCUCGUGAGAUCCUUCAAGAAAGUCGAAUUGUGCGUAUAAUGAGAAAGAGGUUGGUCCGGAAGGCCUUUGAUAUGAUACUUGGCAUUUCUUGUAGUGAAAACAGAGAUGAUUAUGAAAGGUUCUGGGAGAACUAUGGCAAAUUUUUAAAGCUGGGUGUCAUGGAAGACAAGGAAAAUCACAAGAGAAUUGCUCCUUUGCUGCGCUUCUUUUCUUCUCAAAGCAACGAUGAAUUAAUAAGCUUGGAUGAAUACGUGGAAAACAUGAAACCUGAGCAAAAGGACAUUUACUUCAUUGCUGCAGACAGCCUGAGCAGUGCCAAAAAUGCGCCUUUCUUAGAGAGGCUCACUGAAAAAGAGUACGAGGUUCUACUUUUAGUCGACCCUAUGGAUGAAGUGGCUAUCCAGAACCUGAACUCCUACAAGGAUAAGAAAUUCGUGGACAUUAGCAAGGAAGACUUGGACUUAGGUGAUAAGAAUGAGGAUAGAGAAAAUGAUAUAAAGCAGGAGUAUAGCCAAGCUUGUGACUGGAUCAAGAAACGAUUGGGUGACAAGGUUGCACGAGUUGACAUAUCUAAUCGUCUCAGGUCAUCACCAUGUGUUCUAGUUGCAGCUAAGUUUGGUUGGUCAGCCAAUAUGGAGAGGUUGAUGAGGGCACAAUCGAUGGGUGAUACAUCUUCUUUGGAUUUCAUGCGUUCGAGGAAAGUAUUUGAAAUAAACCCAGAGCAUGAGAUAAUCAAGAGCUUGAAUGUUGCAUGCAGAAACAACCCUGAUGAUCCCGAAGCUCUAAAGGCUCUCGAUGUACUCUUUGAAACGGCUAUGAUUUCUAGUGGCUUCACGCCUGAUAACCCGGCUGAGCUCAGCGGGAAGAUCUACGAGAUGAUGAGUUCAGCCAUUGCCGGCAAAUGGGCCUCGCAGGGACAACCUGCCAGUCCGAGUCAGCAGGACGCCGCCGCACCUUGCAGCAGCUCGGAGCCGCUGGAAGCUGAAGUGGUGGAGCCCGUUGAGGUUGAGGUUGGCCAGCAGAAAUAAAGAGGAGUCUACGCUUAUCUUGGGUCACGUCCACUGGAUAUGAAACGCAGAAGAUUUUGAAUUUUUGUUUCAGCACGAGCUGUGUCAGUGUGCGGUUGCUCAUGUAGACAUUAGAUUGGACUUAGACAGGAAUAAGUAGUAGGAGAGACUAUAUUUAGAUGGGAAAAACUACGAAAUUGCCUGGUUGCCUAGAAUGGCCUUGGGUCCUUAGCUUAGACCUGUCGGUGUGGAGGGUUUAGGCCACCCAUAUCCAAACCCAUAAUCACCCAUACCCAAUUAAACUGGCUAAUUACCCAAUGGAUGUGGAUAUCCAACGGAUAAAAGAUGGAGAUGAUGACUGGUGUCGACCAAUGGGGCUGUCAGCGUGGUAGUGACUCGCGAGCAGCGAGAAGGUUAACUACACGACGUUGAGCUGGGGGGCUUGGCAGAAUCAGAUGCCGAGGAGACCGAUGCAGGGCCGUGGUGGUGGCUAGCUGCCUCGAUCCAAAGGCGCGUGACGGUGGAUGCAGCGAGGAGCGUGGGCGCGGCGAGAGUACGGAGCCAUCUCACGUUCGCCAUGGUCGACGCGGCCGCGUGUUAGGCUGCGCUCUGCAGUGCCAGGAAUAACUGUGCGACAAGAUUCGGCGACGACGAACCUAGCACCAACUCUGGUUAAGGGCACCGUAGAAUAAUGCAACCUACAAAUAGAGGAACUUGUUUAACUUAGGUCACGUUUACGUGUCACUUAUUCUUUGCGAUGGUUAUCCUGUCGCUCUUUUGUGGCAAUAUAAUGGGCCAUCUAACCUUUGGCAAGAAUUUGGGGAAAAAAAGAAAUGUGUCUAUGGUAAAGAGGCUAAGAUGAAAGUAGGUGAGGAGCAGACCUCAAGGCCUAUAUAUUGGAAUUGA